GGCAGUGCGGGCAGUCGAGGAACAACAGCAAUGGCUCGCCGUAUGAUGCUGCUGGCACAGAUGCUUGUGCAGUCAGCAUCAACACCAGCAGCCACCCUCCCCGCAUCUUCGGCUACCAACGAUCAUCAGGGGCAGCAGGGGCAGAAGCAGCAAGGGGACAGCGGCAGCAGUACAGAAGGAGACAUGGAGUUGCUGAGGGAGGCUGAGAGGCUGCAGAGACGAGCCAUCCAUGCGGUUGAGAUGGGUGAGGGCACAGAGGCACCGGCACUGGCAGGCAUGCUCGCAUCGCUGGCUGCCACUCUUGAGAAGCAAGGCCGGUUGGAGGAGGCACGGGAAGCUCUUCUCAGGUCUCUCCAUCUGAGGCGCGAUGCACUUGGUUCAGACCAUUUCCUUGUAGCCAGCACGCUCACGCCCCUCGCUGCAGUCACACUCAAGAUGCUGAGUCGCUCACAACAGCUUUCCACAGAUGCAGAAGCGGCCAAUGGAGAUCAAACAAAGGAUGGCAAGAAGAAGCAGCAGCUUGAGGAGGCACUCCGUGACCUGCACUGUGCUGUCAGAGUCGCUCGCAAGGCAUGGCAGCAAGCAGCAGGGGAACUGACAACAGCAGCAGCAGCUGGCGAUGCAGGAGGCAGGAGGGGAGAUCGGGUGCAGAGGAACAAGAGCAGGAACGCACCGCCCCCACCCGCGUGCCUCACUCUACUCGUACAAUCUCUGGCAACAUCAGUACAGGCCUCCCUCACUGCCCUGCUAUCUGCAUCCUUCUACAAUCAGAGGCAGCAACUGUUGCAGCAAGCAGCAUCUGCUCUCAAGGAAAUUCUGCACACGCUCUCCAAUGAGCCAGCACACGCCCUUGUGAGUUCCAACCAUGGCGUGCGAAUCGCCUGCCUGUCUGCCCUCCAGCACCUCUCUGGAUUUCUUCAAGACCAGCUCACAUGCACCACUGCUUGUGGGGAGGCAGUGGGUCAUGGUGCAGAAGAGAAGGCAUGUGUGCAGAGUGGUGGAGAGAGGUUGAGAGGGAGCAGGAAGGGGUCGACAGGGGUACGAGAGGGUGGCAGUGGAAGCAGUAGAGGACGUGAAGUGUUCGGCCGCGCGCCUGACCCUCCGCCAAGCCAACCGACCCCCCCUCAACCUCCCCCGGCGCACACCAACCCGCUAUCCGCGCAUUCGUACCCUUCCCCCUCCCCCAACGCGCCCGGCUCCGCGGAAGCCGCCGCCGCCGCUGCUGCCGCCGCGGCUGCUGCUGCAGGUCCGCCGCAAUAUCAAGAAGCGAGAGAUGUGGGGAGGGCCGGCAGCGGCGGUGGCAGGGGAGGGGGGAGCUACGGCGGAGGGGGAAGUUACGGGGGAGGGGGGGAUCAAAGGGGACCUGCGGGAAGGGGUGGGGGAAGAGGGGGGAGUUUAGGGGGAGAAGGAGAGAUGAGGGGGAUGGGGGGGUAUUCAGGUGGGCUCCCACCUAUGGGUAUGGCACAGGGGGGCAUGGGAGGGGUGCAGCAGCAACUGUUACCCGUGCUUGAAAGCAAGAGCCCGGAGGAGCUUUUCAAGCUUCUGACAGACCCCAAGGCGUACCAGCUGUUGCUGGAGGAGAUGCCUCAGCUCAAGGAAAUGACCAAGGUGGUUGACGAUUUAAAGAAGGGCAAUGAGGAACUCGCAAGGUCGACGCUGGCAAUGGAAGCUGACAUGGCAGAGUUGAGAACGCAGUGUCGCAUCAUCAGGGGCACAGAGCUGGCUUCUUUGGAAGAAAGGUUGGCGCAGCUGGUGGGGCAGCAGAGGGCACUCACGGACAAAUGGAGCCCUGGAGCCCUCGUGCAGCAGCUAAAAGAUAAAGCGGAGGAAGUGAAUCGGGAGGCAGAGGAUUUGAGGAGCAGGUUUCUUGCAGGGGAGGUGGAGUUGAGUCAACUUAUGCGGGAGAUGGAAAGUCGCUUGCGACUGCUGACGACCGCUUUCGUCAUCUUCCUCCUCGCUUCGCCGGACUUCGCCAGCGCCGAAGUGAAAACCGCGAAGGACUCGAAGAAGAAAGAUCAAGACGAAGGGUCAAGCGAUGAUGCAUCCUCGUUAGAAGACAGAAUUUUAGAUGCGGAGCUCACGCAAGGCGACAUUCUCAAGCAAGGGCCAUGCGCGGACGAGGCAAGCCGGUUUUGUGCUGACGUGGAGGUGGGCAACCGCACCAUGGAGCGGUGUCUUACCAUGCAAUACACGCUGCUGCAACUCGCGUCCACCACUGAUGCCAACCUCACGGAUAACUUUUCCGACAAGUGUUUGGACGACAUCCGCAACUUCAAGAUUCAAGUCUACAAAAACAUCUCCAUCGACAAGGACUGGAUGGAGGACUGCAAGGAGGACGUGGCGUCUUUCUGUGACGACAAGUUCCUCUACCCCGGAGUUGGCAGUGUGCUCGCAUGCCUACGGGAGGCAAAGGCGAGCGAGCGGCUGUCAGAUAUGUGCAAGAACCGCGUGUUUGAGGCGCAGAGGGACGCGGCAGCAGACAUGGCGUUUGACCCGCAGCUCAACCAGACGUGCGCUGCUGACGCCCAGCGGCUCUGCAAAGGCGUGCCCGCUGGGGAGGGGCGCGUGCAGGACUGCCUGCGCCAGCAGCGCACGGGUCUCAGCUGGGACUGCAUGUCGGAGCUGUUCCGGCAGGAGGUGGAGGGGUCAGGAGAUAUCCGCCUCAACGUGCGCCUCUUCAAAGCAUGUCUGCAGGACAAGCGGCGCUUCUGCCCUGAUGUGCCACCUGGUGACGCACGGGUGAAGGACUGCCUGGAGGAGCACCGGCUGGAGGCCGACUUCUCCAAGGGCUGCAAGGUGGAGUUUGACAAAAUGAUGGAACGGCGUGCAUCGGACUUUAGGCUGGACUAUAACCUGCAGAAGUACUGCCACAAGGACAUUGUGGAGACGUGCUACCAGGACGCAGCGGACAUGACAGGGGCGGGCGGCAGUUCAGACGCCAAGGUGAUUCAGUGCCUGCAGGACUACAGGGACGAGCUCAAGGACCCACGCUGCAGGCAGCAGGUGCAUAUGCUUACCAAGAGAGCAGCAGAGGACAUUCGCUUCGACCGCGCUCUGGUUGAAGCAUGCAAAGAUGACUGGCAGGAGCACUGUGCGUCAGUGCCUAAGGGGCAGGGAAGGGUGUUCAUGUGUCUGCAGGACAACCGGGGGAAGCUCAAGGGGCCUUGCAAAGAGGCGCUCUUUAGGGAGGAGGUGCGGUUCGCAGAGGACAUAGACUUUAAGUUUGCCAUCCGCAAGGCAUGCUCUGACGAGCUGCAGCGCCUCUGCAAAGACAAGGAGGACGCGAUGGCAUGUCUGCAGGAGCACAUGGGGGAUGCGGACAUGAGCAAGGGGUGCAGUGAGGAGGUGAAGAACGACCAGCAGCACUCCGCAGAGGACUACCGACUCAACUUCCGCCUCGCUAGAGAGUGCUUCGCUGACGUGCAGAAGCUCUGCAUGCACGCCUGCGACGAGUCCGCCCUCCUCCCCUCCUCCUCCGACUCUUCUUCCUCAUCCUCCUCUCCCGCCUCUCUGCCGGUGACAUGUGGCGGGGCCACGCUGAGGUGUCUCACCGGUGCUGUCAGCAACAUCUCAUCUGCCACGUGUCGCGACGAGGUGUUCCACUUCCAGAAACAGGAGGUCGCUGACGUGGCGCUCGAUGUGCCCCUGCAGGUGGCGUGCAGGGAGGAUGUGAAGGAGAGGUGUGGGGGAGAGCGGGACCACAGCAAGGCGCUGGCGUGCCUGAGGCAGAACAGAGACGCGCUGUCAGAGGGUUGCAAGGAGGAGGAGCUGCGGUUUAGUGAGAUGGAGGCGUCUGACAUCCGCCUCACCCCCACGCUCAUGAACGCCUGUGGCUUGGAGCUGCACCAGUUCUGCCGGAAAGUGCCGCCCGCUGCCGGCCAGGCCUUCCGGUGCCUGCAGCUGCACGUGCAGGAGCCUGGCAUGAGCGUGGCCUGCAGAUCGGAAGUAGACCUGCAGACAACCCGGCAGUCCAAGUACUACAAGCUGGACGCGGCAGUGGGGCAGCAGUGUGGGGAGGACGUGGAGCGGCUGUGCAAGGUGGUGGAUGAGGGCAGGGAGGGGCACGCACUCGUGCUCAAGUGCCUGGUGGACUACCAGGCUGACCUCUCAGCUAGCUGCCACACAGAGGUGGCGUAUGCAGUGCGCAUGGCCCUGUGGAUGUACCACCGUGGAUUGGACCUCACCAAGGGCUGCGAUGCAAUCAUCGACUCCCGCUGCGCCAACUACACCAGCACCAGCAGCAGCGGCAGUAACCGCAGAGCCAGCGUGUCAGGGGCAGUGGUGGGGCAGUACGCGCAGUGCCUCAUGGAUCAGCCUAAGGAGGCGCUGGGGAACGAGUGUCAGCCGCUCGUGGCUCUGGUGGUGAAGGAGGGCGGGCAUGUGGGGGGGGAGAUCAGCAGCGAGUUGCUGCAAGAAACCCUGAACAAGAUCGCCCUGCUCCAGCUCUCCCAAGGCGGGUCUGCAGGCUCUGUCGCUUCUCGUUCUGAAGGGCUUGUCUUGACUGGAUGGGUGGCCUUUGCUGCGGUGACAGCGCUAACAGCACUUCUCCUGGGUGUAGCCUAUGCAGUCUAUCGCAACAGCUACAACGUGAAGCUGUCUCUAGUAACGCCGCGUUUCCCGCAUCCGUCGCGCCUUUCUGUUUGCUGGACAUUGCCUAUCAUGGAGCGCGGAAGCAGGUUGAUAGCGUUUGCGCUGCUCGCGGGAUUAUGGAGUGCAACUGUAGCAGCCUCGGAGUCCAGCAGCAGCAGUUCGUCGUCGCAGGGAAGCGACAGCACGAGCGCGCUGACGGCGAACAAGGUGGGCGCGCUGUUCGUGUUCUUGGCCUCGAGCUUCCUGGGGGUGUUCGUGCCCUACUUCAUCCCCGUGCGGCAAAACAUCCUCAAGUUCGGAGUGCUCUUCUCCACGGGUCUCUUCAUCGGCAUGUCGCUGCUCUACCUCACGCCGGAAACGGAGGAGCUCUUCUCGGAUCUCACCACGAACACGUACCCACUGGCGUAUCUGGUGGUGGUGAUGGGCGUCUUCCUCACGUGGCUCUGUGACCUUAUCGUCAAGACCGUGUGGAGAAAACGGUCCGUUUCCGACGAUCCAGCCAAGGAAUCCGAUCCAACGGUGGCUGCCGUCCUCGGCGUGGGCCGAAAGGCCGCCAUGGAGAGCGACGCGGAAGGUGGCAGCGGCAGCGCACCGGCAGACUACAACGCGCUGAGCUUCGUGGACGUGGCGCUCAUCCUCUUCGCCCUCUGCUUCCACGCUGUGUUUGAAGGGCUUGCUGUCGGCCUUGCUUCUACGGUCUACGACGUCUGGCAGAUGGCCUCCUCGAUUGCCGUCAACGAGUUCUUUGAGGGGAUGGCGCUUGGUGUGACGCUGAGGGUUCAGGACACGGAGAGGAGUGCCGUGAAACACGUUCUCUUUGCCCUCUGCGCAUCUGUUGUUGCUCCCCUCGGUAUCGUCAUCGGUAUUGUCCUGGACACGACUGGCGAUCCUACUGCACGCGAAUGGGUCAGGGCGUUUGGAAACGGCAUGGCGGCUGGAGUAUUUUUGUUUAUUGCCCUAAGCCACUUGAUUGCGAAGGGGAUGAAGCCUGGGCCGAAUGACAAGCCGUGGCUUGUCUUUGUCAAGUG